AACACCCUCCUUGUUAUGUGCUAUGAGUCUGAGAUCCCAAAAGGAGGAUCCGGAGCAGUAGGUGACCAUUAGCUUUCUGCAGGAGAGGAGACAAGCAAAGGAGAUACAGAUAUCCCUCCACCAUGGAUCUGGUCGAGGACUACGAUUACUAUGACAACCUAACCCUGAACUACAGCUAUGAGGACUACCACACUGUGUGUGAGAAGGCUGACGUGCGCUCCUUCGCUGGACUCUUCCUCCCUGUGGUGUACUCAGUCUGUGUGGCAGUUGGGCUAGCCGGGAACUCCCUGGUGCUAUCUGUCUACGCCUAUCAUAAACGUCUGAGGAGAACCAUGAUGGACGCCUUCCUAGUCCACCUGGCCGUAGCCGACCUCCUCCUCCUCCUAACCCUGCCCUUUUGGGCUGCAGACGCGGCGCGGGGCUGGGAGCUGGGCCAGCCUCUCUGUAAGCUAGUCUCUGCCUGCUACACCAUCAACUUCACCUGCUGCAUGCUGCUGCUUGCCUGUGUUAGCAUAGACCGCUACCUAGCAUCUAUUAGAGCGGAGGGAAGGAACCAGGGAAGGCUAGGCAGGGUCUUCACCCGGGCUCACUAUGGGAAGGUCUGCCUGGGGGUGUGGGCUGUGGCUUUCCUCCUGGGUCUUCCAGACCUGCUGUUCUCCACGGUGAGCAAGACCUCCGGGAGAAGGGUCUGUUUGGCUGUCUACCCACCCAGUCUGGCCCAGGAGGUCAAGGCCUGCCUAGAGAUGGUGGAGGUGCUGUUGGGAUUCCUGGUGCCGCUCCUGGUGAUGGCGUGGUGUUACUUUAACGUUGGGCGUGCAUUGGGGCGACUCCCAGUGGAGAGUAGGGGGAGGAGGCUGAGCGCUAUCCGGGUGUUACUGGUCGUGGUGGGGGUGUUCGUGGUCACCCAGCUGCCCUACAACGCUGUGAAGAUAUGCCGGGCAAUGGACUCUACCUACACGCUGGUGACCCACUGCGGUGUGAGUAAGGCCCUGGACCGGGUGGCGCAGGUCACUGAGAGCCUGGCUCUGACCCACUGCUGUCUCAACCCACUACUCUACGCCUUCCUAGGGUCCUCCUUUAGAAAACAUGUACUGAAAGCAGCCAAGGCAUUUGGAGGAAGGACAAGGAGAAGGGAGGAGCAAGCUGUGGAGAUGUCCUUCAACAACUCUCAUGCCGCCUCACAGGAGACGAGUGCCUUCUCCAUAUGAGAGAGAGACAGAGACAGAUAGAGGGAGAGAGAGAGGGGGGGCAGAAAGUGUCUCACCUUGUUAUCACAAGAUUUGAUCACUUGAUCAAUUGUUUUGCAAUUAUUUGUUAAAUAUCUGCUGCUAUGGAACUAUUGAGUCAAAUCAGGGGAAGCUAGCCUGGUCCCAAUCUGCAAUGACCCCUGGGAAAGCGACGUGUUUACAUUCCUUCCUUUUUAUAGCAGAACAGCAAGAUACCAGAUGUUACAGUGAAGUUCAUUUCCACGCUUGUCAGUGGGGCCAGUUGUAAUCUUAUGAUAUAAAAACAUUGACAUUAGAAGUUGGAUGGCACUGCUCUUUUUGUGAAACAUUUCAAAUGAAGCAUCUCAGAUAUUUUACAAUGAGUCUCUGCUCAAGAGAGGUUACUUGUGCCAAUAGCAAUUGAAAACAGCUGCAU